UGCUUGUAGAAAAGAUACACUGGAAGAGAUGCUUCACACCAGCCGCAUACAGCAGAGCUGCAGGAAACAGUGCUGUUCUCCAUGGCUCAUGUUAUGCAUCUCAUCUUGCUGCUUCUCUACUGUGAUGGGAUUAAUACAGUGACAAACCCCUCCCCAGAGUUUAAACCUGUGACUACAGUACAGCGAGCUGUGUCAAAAGGUCAAAGUCAUGCUAUUAUUGAAGAGGUCGCUAUCCUGAAACCCCAAUAUAUAGAACUUUUAUGUAACCUAACUGAUACACCAAAUAACGUCCUCUUCAUUACUGGCUAUUGGACAAAAGAUGGACAAGAAAUUGAAAACUCAGAAGAAACUGUAAAUAGAAACUAUGAGCAGUAUGUCCUGAAAAAGAAUUUCAGUAUACAAGCCAGAGACCUUGGAAAUUAUUCAUGCAUCUUCAGAGAAUAUGAGGCCAAAGUAACAUUUAUUUUAGAUGUUCCUGCAAUGAAAGACAAACGAGACAAGCCGGUAGUGAGCUAUAUUGGAGAUUCGGUUGUACUUGUGUGUAUACUCAAUCCCUCACCAAAAUCAUGGAACUGGUACAAAACAAAUUACACUGGAAAGGAGCUAAUCAAUGAUACUGCCAGCCCUCUGAACUACAAUAUCAUUACUAAUAUGACUGAAACCAAACUGACUGUACUGAAUCUGACUGAGGAAGAUUCUGGGAAGUACAUAUGCAGUGCUGAGUUUGAUAUCAAACCCAGUGAGUCUUAUGUGGAGCUGAAGGUCUUAUCUUACAUGGAGCCCCUCAAACCCUUCCUGGCCAUAGUGGCUGAGGUCAUCAUCCUGGUUACACUGAUUUUGCUUUGCGAAAGGUGUAACAAGCGGCAACAUAACAACUCUGCGUCGACAGAGAAUGAAGCCUACUCUGAACAAACCAGUAAACUCACUCGUGAUGAGAGUAAUGGAGUGGAAAGCACCACAGCAAGACAGAGAAAACUGAAGGACAUUUAAUUCAAAUAAUAUUUAAAAAAAGGUGUGACUGUGUCUAUUUUAACCUUUUCUACUCUGCUUUCAAAUCUUGUGGUUUUAUUUGUAAAAGCAAUAAGUUGUUUUGGAAAACCUAAAUACGUCAAAGCAAUAUCUAUUUACAUGUAAAUAAGAGCAUACAAUGAAAGUAUUACGCAUGUUUUCAUAAUCAUCAAUGUUGUGUUGUUGUUAAUGUUCAGAUUGACUUACAAAAUGCAUAUGAAGCAGACAUUUCCCCAGUCAGCAGUGGAAAGAACAGAAUGGUGUUGCUAAUAUGGAAAGUUUUUGGGCAUAACUUUAACAAUAAAGGUCAACUAAUUAUG